UGACGCGACCCGACGGCGCCGGGAGGCGGCGCGCCCCCUCGGUGGGGGCGCCCGCGGCUCGCACGCUGUGCGGGGCAACAUGGCGGCCGCCGAAGUAUUAAUUUUGCCGAGGAAACCUAAGCAGAAAAAGCGGAAAGUCUUCCCAGGAGAAGAUGUAGCAGAGAUACAACAUGCUGAAGAAUUUCUUAUCGAACCCGAAUCCAAGGCGGCUCAGUUGGACACAUCUCAGUGGCUCCUGUUGCUCAAGAAUUUUGAAAAGCUCAAUGUAAGGAGCACGCACUAUACACCCCUUCCUUGUGGUUCACAUCCUCUGAAGGGGGAGAUUGGGGACCACAGCAGGACAGGCUUCAUUAAUCUUGACAAGCCCUCCAAUCCCUCUUCCCAUGAGGUGGUAGCCUGGGUCCGACGAAUACUUCGGGUGAAGACGGCGCACGGUGGCACGCUGGAUCCCAAGGUGGCCGGCUGUUCACUCGUGUGCAUAGAACGAGCCACCGCUUGGUGAAGCCUCAAGAGUGCAGGCAAAGAGUAUGUGGGCAUUGUCAGGCUACACAGUGCUAUUGAAGGGGGGACCCAACUUUCGAGGGCCCUAGAAACUCUGACAGGUGCCUUAUUCCAGCGACCCCCACUCAUUGCUGCAGUAAAGAGGCAACUCCGAGUGCGGACCGUAUAUGAGAGCAAGAUGAUCGAGUAUGAUCCUGAUGGAAGAUUAGGAAUCUUUUGGGUGAGUUGUGAGGCCGGUACCUAUAUUCGGACGCUGUGUGUGCACGUUGGUUUGUUACUGGGAGUUGGCGGUCAGAUGCAAGAACUUCGGAGGGUUCGUUCUGGAGUCAUGAGUGAAAAGGACCACAUGCAUGACGUGCUUGAUGCCCAGUGGCUGUAUGACAGCCGCAAGGAUGAGAGUUACCUGCUGCGAGUUGUUUACCCUUUGGAAAAGCUGUUGACUUCUCAUAAAAGGCUGGUUAUGAAAGACAUUUUCAUGAAUGCAGUCUGCUAUGCGGCAAAGAUCAUGCUCCCGGGCGUUCUCCGAUAUGAGGAUGGCAUCGAGGUCAACGAGGAGAUCCUCGUCAUCACCACCAAAGGAGAAGCAGUCUGCAUGGCCAUUGCAUUAAUGACCACAGCAGUGAUAUCUACCUGUGACCAUGGUAUCGUAGCCAAGAUCAAGAGGGUAAUCAUGGAGAGAGACACGUGUCCUCGGAAGUGGGGUUUAGGUCCAAAGGCAAGUCAGAAGAGGCUGAUGAUCAAGCAGGGCCUUCUGGAUAAGCACGGCAAGCCCACAGGUAGCACACCUGCCACCUGGAUGCAGGAGUAUGUGGACUACAGCGACCCUGCAAGGAAAGAGGCAGUAGCCAAGGCAGGAACAGCUCCAUAGGAAGUCACCGAGGUGGUAAAAUCCCCCAAAGUGGCUGCCGAAGUGGUGAAAGCCCCGAAGCAGAAGCGAGACAGUGAGAGUGAUGAGAUGUCCUUGCAGCUGCUCAAGAAGGAGAAGAAGAAGAAGGCCAAAGCUGCUGUGGAGAGUGUGAGUGAGCCCACAGACAGGGACAGUGACAGCGCCAAGAAGAAGAAAGGAGGAGAAGGAAGAAAGAAGAAAGAAGAAGAAAAAGAAAAGUGGAAGUGGUUUUGGAGUAGCGGAUGCCAGCUCUGGCACUGUGCCCCAUCGGGAGGAGAAAUUAAAGCCUUACUGAGAAAAGGUGACUCUUUUGUUCUUGAGGGAACGGAACGCAGGUCCCAGGAAGCAUGGAGAGUUCUGGGGCACCUCAGCUGCUCCCUGAGAACUCGGUGAGGAGUCUUGCUGGGAGAAGGUUGUACUUUUUACUUAAUAAGUCUACUUAAAAAAAAAAAAAAAAAAAGAUUCAUUUUCCUCAUCUGUAAAAGGGGGAGAAUGACUCCCUU